AUGACUGAAUCAACUAGUUUAUCAGGAACGUUGACUCGUACUUCAAAACAACUUGAUACAGUACAUCAUCAUUAUUUUAAUUCGUUUCAAAAUUAUUGUUGUGGUCCAAAAGCUCGAUCAACAUCAUCAUCAUCAAAUAAAGACCAUUUGCCAAUUCCCGAAAGGUUUAAAGUACAAUCUAGUGAAAUACUAAAUAGUAUUAAUCAAAAUCUAAUUGAACGCCUUUCUGAAACUGCACAAUUUACAAGUGUGUUACCACGUGGCUUCUUUGAUCGAGACGAUUUAACAGAAAGUCAGCGAUAUUUAAUCGAUCGUCUUAUGUUUAAAAUGAUGCAUGAAACUCAAGUUAUUAAUUGGAUGUCAUCAUUGAAAAAACUGUAUCCGGUUCGCACAUCAGGCAAUGGUAAUUGUCUUCUUCAUGCUGUACUCAUAGCUAUGGUUGGAGUACAUGAUUUUGACUUAUAUUUACGUGAUCGACUUCGUCAAUUUAUGGAUAAGAACAAGGCCGUACUGAAAGGAAGUUGGAGAACUGAACGAAUCAGAACAGACAAAAUGUAUGGUAUUCAAAGUGAAGAUUCUAAACUUGAUAUUGAAUGGGAAGAAUUGUGUGAUCUUGUUCGAUAUGAAAAUUCUGAUGAUGGACAAAUAGCAUCAAGUUUUCAAUUUCUCGAAGCUGUACAUAUAUUUUCUAUAUGUAAUAUGCUGCGACGACCAAUUAUUGUUUUAUCUGAAGAUGUUGUACGUAAUAAACAUGGAGAAGCUAUUGCAUACAACGACUUAUUCGGUGUUUAUUUACCUACUCUUUCAAAGGCAGCAGAUUGCGUUCUUGUACCGAUUGUGUUAGCCUAUGAUCAAUCUCAUUUUUGUCCUCUACAAGCUAACGAUUUGGAUUCAGGAACAACACAAGAUAAUUUUCUUCCACUUUAUCAAUCAAGUGAACAUGCUCGAAACCAAAAAUUAUUACCCAUUCGAUUUUUAGGCAGAGAGGACAAUCUCGAACAGAACAAUAAAUUACUUCAAAGUUAUCUACGCAUAAAAAAACUAGCUUAUUAUCCAGAUUUAAAGGCUCAGCCGAUAAAAAUCAUAUGUGCUGAACUGGGUAUUAAAUCAUUACGAGAGAGAGACAACUUUUUUUUUCUCUACUAUGAAUAUGUUUUGGAUUUUAUUGAAACAGAAAAGAAAAAGAAACAAAACGGAGAAGAUAUACAAAGACAAGAACUAGAACAUUAUUCUUCCAAUCAACCAUCAUAUAACAAUGGUCAAGGAACAUUAAGCGAACAAGAUAGUGUAUCUCCACCAGCCUAUUCAUCAGUGUCAACAAGAUUCAAUGACAAUAGAAAUCAAGUUAGUCAUGAACGACGAGCGUCAUAUGAUAAAGCUGUGUCUCGUGGAGAAACUUAUACACCAUCGAAUAAUCACUAUUCUGAAGCACAAAAUUUACAAAAACCACAAACUCACGUAUACAUAAAGUAUGAUAAUCAUCAACAAAGUAAUGGGAAAUCGACAGUACUUGCAAGUGAAUGGGAUUCGACUAAUAAUGAUCUCAUGUCUAAUGGUAAAACAGCAAUCAAUAAUAAUAAUAGUCCACGAGGAAAUGAGUCAAAACUAAAACAAGGCUCAGAACAGCACCUUGGUCUUACUCGAAUUCCAGUUAGUUAUGUUAAAACCGAUUUUUCAAAACCGCAUUUUAUUGAUUUCGAACCACACUUAAAUCAACUUCACACAUGCUAUGGCUGCCAUCAUUAUUUUAGUAGUUUAUCAUCAGCUAGUCUAUGUACGGAAUGUGAGAACGAUCGAAAAUAUCGCAAUUCACGUUAUGUUAAAUCGGACUCGUCAUCAACAAAUUUGAUCGAUUUCGACCAAAAAACAGAUCGAAUUCGGCCAUGUAUUAUUUGUAAAAUGAAUUUUGAUGAUAUAUCCUCAACUGGUUUAUGUUCUAACUGCUGUGAUUAUAAUAGAAAUCGCCCGUUGCCACGACAAGUUGUUCUCUUACGACCUUCACCGUUAGGUGUUUAUCCAACAUCAUAUUCAAGCUCGGAUUUUAUUUCUCCAAUAUCAUCAUCGUCUAAAAUGAAAGGCCAAAUAAAGAUAUUAUGUUCAAAAUGUAACUAUUUAAAUGUGUUGCAUGGCACAGCAUACGGAGCGAGUAGAUGCUCAAUAUGUCAGAAUGUUUUAAAUGUGCCACAUUACUGA